UCCAACUCGUGUCACCCACUGUUUAUAUGCCAUGAAUGAGGGUUAUUGCCCGAAACGUCACCGAUGCUAUACCUCUUCCUUGUAAAGGCCACAAACAGACGGUGUUGUUGUUGUUGUUGACACGGACCGUGUUGUUUGUGCGCCGCACGGAGUGUGCACAGCCACUGCGGGGGCUGCCCCUGAGCAAGAUGGCGCGCGCGGCUCGCGCCCCCUGAGCAAGAUGGACGCGCAGAGGGCGACCCUGGCAGCACGUGUGGACGGUCAUGCUGCUGAGGCUGCGCCUGCGGGCCCCCCGCGUGCCGUGGGCCCCCCAGCGCUGCGCGUGGCCCCCGCCGCGCCGCGGGGUCCCGGCGCGGAGCAUCUACAGCGAGACGGGGCAGUGGGAGAAGCGGUACACGGCGGAGACGCGCGCCAAGGUGGAGCGCUGGUGGAGACCCAGGAUCCAGCAGAUCUGCAAAGAGCUGUCGCGCUCCUCGGCUGAGAAGCCCAAGAGCUACGUGCUCUCCAUGUUCCCGUACCCGUCGGGGAAGCUGCACAUGGGGCACGUGCGCGUCUACACGAUCAGCGACGCCAUCGCGCACUUCCAUCGCAUGAACGGCAAACAGGUGCUGCACCCCAUGGGAUGGGACGCGUUCGGGCUCCCCGCGGAGAACGCGGCCAUCGAGCGUGGCCUCGACCCCGAGGAGUGGACAACGAGCAACAUCGCCCACAUGCGGACUCAGCUGCAGAACCUGGGCCUGUGCUUCGACUGGGACCGCGAGAUCUACACCUGCAAGCCGGAGUACUACAGGUGGACUCAGUACCUGUUCGUCAAGCUCUUCGAGGCUGGCCUGGCGUACCAGAAGGAGGCGCUGGUGAACUGGGACCCCGUGGACCAGACGGUGCUAGCGGACGAGCAGGUGGACGAGUCCGGUCGGUCGUGGCGCUCGGGAGCCGUGGUGGAGCAGCGCUACAUCCGCCAGUGGUUCCUGCGCACGACCGCCUACGCCAAGGCGCUGCUGGAUGGGCUGCAGGAGCUGCCCGCGUGGCACGGCGUGCGUGCCAUGCAGGCCAACUGGCUCGGGGACUGCUCCGGCUGCUUCCUGCACUUCCCCCUCGAGGUGGACGGCGAGCCGACCGGCGAGGUCCUGCCGGCCUUCACGUACGCGCCGGAGGCGGCGCACGGCGCAUCGCACCUCCACCUGCUGCGCCGACACCGGCUACUGCACCCCAAGAGCCAGCUGCGCGCAGCGUUCGGCGGUGGCGACGUCUCUCCCGACACCGACGUCCUGACCCAGGUGAAGGCCGUUCACCCCUUCACCGGACAACGGAUCCCCGUCGUCAUUGCCGCCAACUCGGAGUUCGAAGGUUACCUGGAGUGCGUGAUCGGAAUCCCCGGCGCAUCCCCCGAGGACGCCGCCGUCGCCGAGAAACUGGGCCUGGAGCGCAUGGCCGUCCUCGAGAGCCUGCCCGACGGCACGGAGAGAGUCAUCAACUCCGAGCAGCUGUCGGGGCUGGAGCGGGGGGCGGCACGCGACGCGGCGAUGCUCCUCGCGCGCCGGCUGGGUGCCGGGGGCCACGCGACGAGCGCCAAGCUGCGCGACUGGCUGGUGUCGCGCCAGCGCUACUGGGGCACGCCCAUCCCCGUGGUGCACUGCGCCGGCGCGUGCGGCGCCGUCGCCGUGCCACCCUCGCAGCUGCCCGUGCAUCUGCCCCGCGUCGCCACGUUCACGGGCAAGGGCGCGUCGCCCCUGCUCGCCGCCACCGACUGGCUGCACUGCCGGUGCCCCAAGUGCGGCGGCCCGGCGCGCAGGGAGACGGACACCAUGGACACCUUCGUGGACUCGGCCUGGUACUUCCUGCGGUACACCGACCCCGACAACGACACGAGUGCGUUCUCGCGGGCCCGUGCCGACCGCUGGAUGCCGGUGGACGUGUACGUGGGGGGCAAGGAGCACGCGGUGAUGCACCUCUACUACGCACGCUUCCUCAGCCACUUCUGCCACGACCAGGGCAUGGUGGCCACCAGGGAGCCGUUCCGGAGGCUGCUGGUGCAGGGCCUCAUCAAGGGCCAGACGUUCCGCCUCCCGUCCACCGGCCAGUUCCUCCCACGCAGCGAGGUGCUCGUCAGCGGCGACAAGGCGACGCACCGCUCGACGGGCGAGGCGCUGGAGGUGACGUGGGAGAAGAUGAGCAAGUCGAAGCACAACGGCGUGGAGCCAGACGAGGUGCUGGCCGCCUACGGCUUGGAUACGGCCCGCCUCUUUCUGCUGUACGCCGCGCCGCCCGAGCAGGACCUGCUGUGGGACAGCAAGACGGACGCACUGCCCGGCGUGCUGCGCUGGCAGGUGCGACUCUGGGCCCUGGUGUCACGCCUCGUGGCCGGCAGGGCGGCCGCGGGGCCGCUCGACGCCGGCCUGCUCUCCGGCGACGAGAGGGUGGAGGCCGCGACGAUCCGCGAGCAGAGGAACCUCACCGUCCGCAAGGUGACGGCCGUGUUCGAGGAAGAAUUCCUCCUCAACUCCGCCAUCUCCAGGCUCAUCGGGCUCUCCAACGUCCUCACUAACGCGUCUGCGCGUGUGGCGCUGCUCAGCGAGGAGUACGAGGAGGCGCUCGCCACGCUGUGCCUCCUGCUGGCGCCACUCGCGCCGCACCUCGCCUCCGAGCUCUGGAGAGGCGUGGGCAGCGUCCCACACAAGCAGACGGGCCGGAAGUUCGAGUGGGACCGCGACGUCCUGCAGCAGCCGUGGCCCACCGCCAGCUCUCAAGUCGUGGAGCGGGAGCCCGGCAUCGUGAACGUGAUGGUCCGGGUGAACAACGUGGCGGUGGGCUCCGUGCCGGUCCCGCGGGAGGCGGCCGGCGACGCGGAGGCGGUGCGCAGCGCCGUGCUGCUGAGCGCGCUCGGGGCCGAGCACCUGGCCGGCCGCACCGUCCACAGGGCCAUCCUGUCACACCGCACGCCCCUCAUCAACUUCCUGGUGGAGCGGGAGGAUCCCUGAGCCCCCCCCCCCCUCCCUCCCGACCUUGGGACCACGCGGGGGAACCUGGAACCGCUCUGCAGAGGAGCAGAAACGGAGACGGGGCGACGAGUGAGCCGACAGCCCGAAGGGACAAGGAUGCAGUGGAAGGGUUUUUCGUCAUAAUUUUUUUUAUGCCAAUUGUGUCAACUGCAGCAGCCUACGAGCAACGCUGCACCGCUGCUCCGUGCUCAAGGACCCCCCCAACGUCCCCGUUGUGAACGCAGUCCGGGAGGAAGGAGAAAGCGCCCCGUCUUCCCGCAGUGGAAAUCUGCGAUCCGACAAGACGGCCCGAGUCCUCGCGAAGAACCCGUAACCUACACGGCGGGAGCACGGGAGGGCAGACCGAGCAGCCGAGGCGGAAUGCGGAUUCCUCCCCCGUCAGCCGUGCCGGGAGAGUUGACGCAAUCUGGACGAGACGCCCGUAUAAUUACGGCUUGCAUUAGCGUCAAGCUAUUUAAAAUGCUCUUGCCAAAUCAUAAUGGGGGUUGGGUGAUGAGGCCUCGCUCGAGGCUUUGUUGUGUCGUGGUCUCGGGGAUUAUGGGCGUAAGGGUUGCGAACUCAGCGCCGCUGUUUGAGUUUGGAUGUCGCAUGUCGGUGGUAGCAAGAAAGAACCUGGCGCUGAAUCUGUGUUCGUCUUCCACGCGUUGCAUUUGACACCAACUGGCAUCCAGUAGCCUCGCGUGGCUGUCCGAUAUCCCCUCCCCCCCUAGUAACCUGGCACCUGAACCGCUGUGGCCCGUGGGCCCCGCUGGACUUGUACCGCCUGCACGCCCGGCAGCCACGCCACUGCUGCUCGCCGUAGUUGUGUCGCGUUGUGCUCAACACUCCCGCACAUCAUCACCGCCCGUGUAUCGUUGUCGCUUUGCAGAUCAAGUUCUGUGUGAUAAUUCAGCACAAGCUCAUGUGAUGGCGCUUGGGGGCAUGGGGGGCGGGCAGUGUGCGUUAAGUAUGGCACGAUACUCUUUUAACUCAGAAUCGGAAUAUUUAUACUGCAGAAGGAAUCCGAAGAGCUAUAAAGCUCCGUUUCGCAGAUGUCCAGUAGGGGCGGGUAAGAACGUUACAACAAACUACAAAAAACAAAUCACCCAAGCACAUUCAAAUGAAACUAAACAAUCCCCAUCGUACCAGGCAAAUGCCACUUGAGGUAUUAACUGCUACAAGAAUUCGCCUCUCAAAAGAACGAGCUGUGAAGGAAGCUGCAACGAGCAACGGCGAACGACAACCGAGAGCCCGGCGGAGAGCGCUGUGGGAGUUGGCAGCUCGCUCGCUCUCCACGCCACUGCCCCUGCCUCGCUCGACUCGGGCUUGCUCAGACUUGCCGGAGAUUGGUAAUGAAGGGCUUCUGCACGUGGAUUUUCUUUAACACAGUGGAUAAAAAGAGGUCCAAAACGCCGAGUGGCAUCAACAAACAGCACCAUCAAAGUUGCAAUUAGCGGUGACGCGGCCUUGCUCGAGCGCGGCUCGCCGCUUGUUACAGGGGUUCACGGUUCGAAUCCAGCGGCCGCCCUGGUUAUUGCUGCGGCGGAAUAACCACAAUAAUACUUAGCGCCGCCUGCUUCACUCACAACGGGCAUUAAAGAUGCCCUGACGCCGUUCACAAGCGUAGGCCAUUGUGUACCGACGUCAGGGCCUAAAUCUGCCACACAAAAUACUCGCACUAAAUUGGAACUCGGCGUUGCAAUUAUCGCCUCCAACUGGCAGACGAAUGCCCUAAAGUUCGCACCUGGCUGUGCCAAUAGUGACGUCUGCUGGCCACGACGCGGGGGCUUCAAGACUUGCUGUUCCUCCUCCGUUGAAGGGGCGCAGAGUACAGCGGGUUCACUAGACGAGGGGCCAUCGUUUGGGUUGCGUGACCACAAUGGCACUGGGCGUGUCUUUAAUGUGCCUCAAGGCGUGUACCGCAGACUCACACGCGUCUGUGGGUCUCGCCUGUCUGCGUCUCUGGGUUUAGUUUAGUCCAUCGUUUAGGUUGCAUGGCCACUAGCUCUACUGCGGAUUGUCUAUUGUUUUUUCCAUUUAUGAAUGAGACGUGAGCCAUGGUUCCUGUCGACGAUGUUCUCUGACGCGGUCGAUGGUUUCCACCAGGCGAGCGACGUGAAGCCCCCGCCGUGAAUGAGCACGUGGUGCCGCAUGAGCACGUGGUAGUCGCACGUGGUGCCGCCUGACCACGUGGUGCCGCCUGACCACGUGGUGUGAGUGCACCGCGACCCGUUAGAGCGCGGCGCGAUUGGCCCGAGCGGCAGCCCAAGGCAUCGGCCCCUCCCACGCGAUUGGCCAAUCGCGUUCGAAAGAUGAAACGAAGUGGGUGGGACGGUUUGACGGAAUCGAUUCUGUCGAGUAUCGUGGAGAACGCGCGUCUCCUGCAAGACGACGCUGUUGACCCAGGGAAGCCUCUCCGAGUCUCCAGACUGGUGCUUUUUCUCUUCAGCAGGGACCCUGCCGAGUCGCCGGGGUAUGGGGCGAUGUCGCUGCUGUGGUUCGCGCUCCUUUGACGCGGGAGCAAGAGCAGCAACUGCGUUAAUCACAAGGGGGCCGUCCAUAAAUGACGUCACGCACCUAGGGGGGGAGGGGUCAGACAUUUGUGACGCCGUGUGACGAGGGGGGUCAAAAAUCGUCCAAAAUCGCGUGACGUCAUUUAGCCGCUUACCACCACCAGCCACGGCCAGUGCCCUGCUGGAUGAGGUCCCUGCCCACGGUGUAGGGGUUUGUGUGGCCAGACUGCACGCUGGCCACUGAGUGCCCAAGUUGGUUUGUGUGGCCAGACUGCACGCUGGCCACUGCGUGCCCAAGUUGGUUUGUGUGGCCAGACUGCACGCUGGCCACUGAGUGCCCAAGUUGGUUUGUGUGGCCAGACUGCACGCUGGCCACUGAGUGCCCAAGUUGGUUUGUGUGGCC